UCUGAGACGGGCUCCUUCCAGGCGACUGACGGCGUCGGCGAUUCGGCGCAACCGGCGGCGGCUCGGCGUCAGUGUGCGCGGCAAGGAGGCCCCGACGUCUGCGGCUCGGCAAGGGGAGGUCAAGGCGGCGGCGGCGGCGCCGCCUGCGGCUGCAAGGCGAGGGCUAGGUGCCGACGGGUUAAGGAGCAGGGAAGGCGGCGGUGGCUGGGGGAGACGGCGCGUCGGCGCGGUUUGGGGAACGAUGCGGGCACCGGCCGCCGGCGGCUGUUGAGGGGGCUGCAGGCGGCGGCGACGGCAUGGGGAGUUCCAGGCGACGGCGAGGGAGGCUGCGGCGACGGCGGAAGGCUGCGACGACGCCAGCGGCUUAAGAAGAAGCUGUAGGCGGCGGCGACGGCACAGACCGUGCUCGCGCGGCGUGCGCGCACCACCGCCAGCCCCAUAGAUUAGCUAGCGAAAUGUGCGGCAAGCCACUGUAUAUAUAAUGGAGAAUUGAUUAGGACCAAACUAUUUUGGUCGUGAUGGAUGAUCACAUCGCCGGCGCCGGCCAUUAUUCCACCCCUCCGUGCGGCUUCUGCGGCCGCGCCACCGUCGCCAUCGACUUCGCGGCCGUCCCCGCCGGCUUCUGCACCUGCAACGCCUGCCUCCACGACCUCGCCGGCGUCCCCGGCUACCGCUGCCCCGUCUGCAACUUCACCCUCCACCGGGAAGGGUGCUGCCCGCGCCACCCGCCGCCGCAGGUGGUCGCACCCGCCGCCGGGUACGUCACGCCGCACCAGCCGCCGUCCUCGCAUGAAGCGGCACCGGCGAUGCCGCCGCAGCCGCAGAUCGCGCCCGGCGCCGGCGGCCCGCACCACCCGCCCUACAACAUGCAGCAGCCGCACCAGCCGUCGCCGCCGCUGGCGCUGACGCCCUACGUGCACCAGGAGCAGCCGGUAGCGUUGCCGGAACCGGACGCAGGCCACGUGGCCGGCAGCCGGAGGGCGCGAGUGAAGACGUACGUGGCCAACAAGAUGCACGGCGGCAUAUCCAGGUUCGUCCACAAGGUCGUUGGGCCGGGGAAGAGCGGCGGCGGUGGCGGCCGCAAGAGACGCGACGACGGCAAGGAGGAGGGGGAGGAGGAGGAGGAGGAGGGGGAAGAGGAUGAUGACGAGGAGGAAGAUGAAUCAUCAUCAUCAUCGGAAGAAGACGACGACUAAUAAUCUGUGGAUAGUGUGACCUGGGCCGGAAUCAUAUGGGCCAAGAUGGGCCGCAGAAAACAAAAAUGGA